UUCGGCGUAGAGCCACAAAGGGCCCGACUGCUCGGUGGGCGACACGACACGGCGCGACGCUCACUUAGCGCCCAGCUGUCCGGAGGUCCCACACACACCUGCGCGGAGUGCGCGCCGCGCGCAGUUGACAGCGAUGAGCCUCGGCGUCAGUAACGGCGAUGUGGUCGGUGAGCAGAAGCGGAGCCGACUGCACAAGCUGAUGCCGUGGAAGAAGCACAAGCUGAGCUUCGCCAGUCCGGUGGCGUUUGAACCGUAUGACACGAAGACGCAAGAGCUGCUUAAGAAAAACUUCGGCGUGCUACACAACCUGCAGACGGUGUGGCCGGGCGGCAUUUGCCUGCCGACCAGCUACAAAGAUAUCGCCAACAAGGUGUACAACUUGCCGCUCCGAGCCACCGACGUCUGGGUCAUGUCAUUCCCCAAGACAGGCUCGACCUGGACUCAGGAAAUGGUGUGGUGUAUCGGGAACGACUGUGACCUGACCCGGGCCAGGUCACUGCACAUGGACGUCAAGUUCCCGCUGCUCGAGCACUGGAUCAACAGCAAGGGCAUGAUGUCCAAGGUGAUCCGCCAAAAGGGCUUGAAGACGACCAAGAUGUUCGCCAUGCUGAAUAAGAACCCCGAGAUCAUGACGAUAGCGAAGGACGACACGACGGCCAUCUUGAACAGGACGCCACGCAACCAGCGCCGGUUCGCAAAGACGCACAUCUUCUUCUCGCUCCUCCCGCCCAGGAUACUGGACGUCUGCAAGAUUGUGUACGUGGCGCGUAACCCGAAGGACACAGUCGUAAGCUACUACCACCACAACCUGCUCUUCAAGGGACUCUACGAGUUCCGGGGAGACUUCAAAACCUUCGUAGACCUCUUCAUGGCCAAUAUCUUGCCCUGGUGCCCGUACUGGGAGAAUCUGAGGCAGGCCUGGAGCCGGCGGCACCACCCCAACAUGUGCUUUAUCAUGUACGAGGACAUGAAGGAGGACCUGCUGGCUGUGGUGCGCAAGGUGUCCGCCUUCCUGGAGAAGGACCUGACCGAGCAGCAGGUCACAGACCUCUGCGAGCACCUCAGCUUCAGCUCCAUGAGCAAGAACGACAAAGUCAACCGGGAGGUGUACCGGGACGUCAUCAUGGACGAGAACAAGAAGGAGAACAAGUUCAUCCGGAAAGGGCAAAUCGGUGACUGGAAAAAUUACUUCGACGAGGAUCUGAACAGGCGAUUCGACGCCUGGAUCCAGGCCAACAGCCACGGCAUAGAUAUAGAGUUCAAAUACGAAUAAUAUGUGAGCUGGUCAGAACAGAUGGCGCUGGUAAUGCUCCAGCGCAGUGGGAAAGACACCGAAUAUGGCGGUGAAUGCGGCGCCCGAAUCCACCAGCGCACAUGCUGAAGCCAGGCCUGGCAACGCGCGUCUCGCCAAGUGCCCGAGAGGAAGCCACCACCCGCCCUAGGUCAUGCGGGCUGAGAAGGACACCCCACCGGAGAACAGACCGUUGAGAGCUGGGACCACGGACUGCUAUGGACUUGAAAACAUACCUCGUGCCAACUCGGGGCACUUAGGCAAAUAGAACAUGGAACGGUGCAGUGGGAACGUGAAAUGAGCACUGCAAAUGAGGACAAUACACACCCGAAACGCAAACGACUGUGCAGCAACAGCGGACGCUUCCAGUCGCAUACUACUGUGCGUUGUUCGUGUACCGUGCUAGUGGACAACAGUGUAUCUGGUACCUGUCUGUUUCGUGAGUGCAUGCGUCGCUGGAUAAUCGCUCUACCCAUUAGGAACGAGACUGGUGUCUGGCAGUAUCUAGAUGACGAGGUGCAGGAGAACCAAGUGUGACGCAAUGUGAAAACAGUAUUCGGACCGGGGAAAAUACUACCCCAAGCAAUGUUCUUGAUGUCAACAUGCCGGCAGAGGGUUCGUGUCAAACACCAUGUGCUACAAAAAAAUAAAUUGCAGGCAGUGGCACGUG